AUGCCAUCCUACACACGCCUAAUCAACUUCUUGAGAAAACGAGCAAACUGCUCAUCGAAUUCAGUCGCCAAACCUAACGCGAAUCCGGUAAACCGUCAUAUUCCACCUACCAUACAUACCAAGGGCACUACUGCAAGAAUUCCACGGAUACAAACAUAUUUAACGACAACCCCACAAUGUGCAAUCUGCAACAGCCCACACACGGUGCGAGAGUGCGAAACGUUCAUCCAGGCCUCUCCCACCACGCGAUACAAAACCGUAACCACCAAAUCGCUGUGCCACAAUUGCUUACGAUCUGGUCACCCCACUCAACCAUGUAAAUCCUCGUUCAACUGCCGUAUUUGCAACCAACGGCACCACACUCUUUUACACCAACAAAGAGACCCAGAUAAUCGGCAUCUCAACACUUCGUCGAGUUCACCCACUUGCGAAAAAACCACACCCGUCACACCCAGGCAAGAAACCUCCGAACACGAGCGAUCAUCGAUAUCGCCGUAA